CCCGCUCGUGGCCUCACUCAUCACACUCCUUCCACUGUCCCCAGGUCCUACAAUCACAGAGCAGGCGAAGGAACCAGAGGGUGAGCCCAGCUGCAACCGUGGGGGCGAGGAGAGAUCAAACCGGCGAGUCCUGUAGCAGGGAGCUAAGGGGCAUGGCGGACUGGGCGCCGGUGUUCAUCGGCCUGGUGCUCUUCAUCCUCCUCUCGCCGGGGCUGCUGUUCCAGAUCCCCGGCAAGGGCAGGAUGGUGGAGUUCGGCAACUUUCAGACCAGCGGCAUCUCCAUACUCGUCCACGCCGUCAUCUACUUCGCCCUCAUCGCCAUCCUCAUCCUCGCCGUCAACGUCCACGUCUUCCUCGGCUGACCAGGAGACGCCGCUACCUGCUACCUCCUCAUCGCUCAACAGUUAGGUAUCGUGGUCGUGGAGGAUCGAGAGGAAUACCCAGUCACUGUCGCGUUCAUCUUCAGGCUUCCUGAUGGUUUAGCUUCUAGGAGCGCAGGGAGGCACAGUAUGUUGUCCAUUGGGCAAUUUAGUUGAUGAUUUGAUAUUUUAUCAGGAAUGUAUAGCUCCAACUUCUCUGUGCGCUGUUUCGUCUGAUGGUAACUGAGAAUCAAUUGCAAACUGAACUAUGUUGAGGAAUCUCAUCUUUAGAGAGAAAGCAUAUAUGAGCAUUCCACAUGAUGAACUUUA